AGAUGGAUCAGAUUUCUUGAUGGCACCAAUAUAAAUUUGCUAUGCGUUACACCAGAUUAUCAAACUCUGAUCAUCUUUUUAGCUCGUUUGCCUUCAGUAUAGCAACAGUAGCAAGCAAGGCAUACACUCCUACUAAGAUCUAGUAGCUAUGUAGCACAGCACGCAUGACCUUCUCCUUUAGAGAAGCAAAGGAAACCCAUUUGGAGAGAGUUGAGGGGAUGAGAAAAUGGCUAGUGGGGGUGGAUAUGGAGAUGCAAGCCAAAAGAUAGACUAUGUAUUUAAGGUGGUGUUGAUAGGGGACUCAGCAGUUGGGAAAUCACAAAUACUUGCUCGAUUUGCUAGAAACGAGUUUAGUCUUGACUCUAAAGCUACUAUUGGUGUUGAGUUUCAAACUCGGACGUUAGUUAUUGAUCAUAAGAGUGUCAAGGCCCAGAUCUGGGAUACUGCUGGUCAAGAACGGUACAGAGCAGUCACAAGUGCAUGCUACAGGGGUGCUGUUGGGGCAAUGCUGGUGUAUGACAUAACCAAACGCCAGACAUUUGAUCACAUACCACGCUGGCUGGAAGAACUGCGUAGCCAUGCCGACAAGAACAUAGUUAUCAUUCUGAUUGGGAACAAAAGUGAUCUUGAGGACCAGCGGGCCGUACCCACUGAGGAUGUCAAUGAAUUUGCUCAGAGGGAAGGACUAUUCUUCCUGGAGACCUCAGCAUUGCAAGCAACGAAUGUUGAGAGCGCCUUUAUGACACUGUUGACAGAGAUCUUCAACAUUGUAAACAAGAAGAACCUGAUUGCUGGUGAAAAUCAAAGCAACGGUAACCCGGCAUCCUUGUCCAGCAAGAAGAUCAUCAUUCCAGGCCCUGCACAAGAAAUUCCAUCUAAGAGCAAGUGUUGUAGAUAAAGUCAAUUGUGAUUUGAUCAGUCCUGGCUUUGAAACUGCAUGCUUCUCUUUAAUGGGCUCCCAACAGCAAUUUUGUUUUGAAAGGCGUGAUGUAUUUAUUUGUAAAUUUUACCGUCUUAUAGUUUAGUUUGCAUUAGCAGCUGACUAGUUUCUUAUUUUGAGGUGAAUCUGAGUCGCAUAUUAUCCUCUCAAUCUCAUUCUCGAAAAAAAGGUUUGUAUUGUCACGGGCUGUUUUGAAUACCGUGUACCCCUGCUUUGAAUUUGUGUUGUUUGGAAAUGGCUUUGAAACUGCAUGCUUCUCUUUAA